UAUUAAAAUAUAAGAACAUGAAUGUAAAUUAUACUUACACAAAAAAGCGACAGCAGUUUGGAAAACAAUGUAAUUUUUCAAAUUAUCAGAAAAUAGAAGCUGAUAUCAAACCACAUUCAGAGUACAUGAAUAAUUAUAUUCGAGUAGAUCCCUCAACGCAGGGAACUCAAUGUGGCAAGAUAUAUUCUCUUCAUGAGGUAAACACAAACACUGCAAAAUUUAAAUCUAGUGGAAUGUAUCAUUCUGAAGGUGGCUGGCCAAAGGAUUUAAAUGUGAAGGAUACAGAACAGACAGUGAGAUAUAAGCGUAAAAUAGAAAAAGAUGAAUUGUACAUUCACACAAUGCUUCAAUUGUUACCUCCAAUGGAACAAUAUGUAUUACAAAAUAAUGCUUGUAACAUCUAUGAACAGUAUUUUAGUUAUAUGAAACCAACUUCCUUAGUACAAAGAGCAUACUCACGGACAGUUAAUGUAUAUCGUGAUGUGUUACCAAUAAAGAGACGAGUAACACAUCUUUCCUGGUCACCAGAUCAAGGAAAUCGUUUUGCAGCUAGUUACUGUACUGAUGAUUUUAGAAAUGGAGUCAAUGACAAACCUUUAUCAUACAUUUGGGAUGUGGAAAAUCCAAAUACACCUUAUAUAGCACUGAAAUCAUGUUGUCCAAGUUUAACAGUUGAAUACAAUCCCAAAGAUAGCAAUCUAUUGAUCAGCGGAUUAACGACUGGACAAGUAGCUUGUUGGGAUAUCAGGAAAGGAUCAGAACCAGUUGAAACAAGUUUAAUUCAGUCUAGUCACAGAGAUGUGUGUAAUGAAGUCCUAUGGAUAAAUUCUAAAACUAAUACUGAAUUUUUUAGCGCUUCAAAAGAUGGACAGAUAAUGUGGUGGGAUAUAAGAAAAUUACAAGCACCUACAGAAACAUUGGUAAUAGAUUUAUGCAAGCCUGAUAAUCAAAAUGUUGAUAAAGCAAUUGGAAUUUCAGCAUUGCAAUUCGAACCAUCUAUGGGUACACGUUUUAUGUGUGGUCUUGAAAAUGGAAUAGUAAUAUCAGGAAAUCGUAAAGGUAAAACUCCAGCUGAGAAAAUUGCAACUAAAUUCAAAGCACAAUAUGGACCUGUGAUAAGUCUAGAAAGAAAUCCAACUUUUGUUAAAAAUUUUCUGACUGUUGGCGAUUGGACAACGAGAAUAUGGUCUGAAGAUUGCAAGGAAUCUUGUAUUGCUUGGACAUCUGGUCACAGAGAUUUCUUAACAGGUGGAGCAUGGAGUGUAACCCGAUUUUCUGUAUUUUUUUUAAUAAAAAUGGAUGGAACUCUGGAUGUAUGGGAUCUACUGAUUCAACAAGAUUCUCCAAUUCUUAGCAUGAAAGUUUGUGAUGAAGUUUUAACUUACGUAAAACCGCACGAAGAAGGACAAUUAGCUGCAGUUGCUAAUAAAAAAGGAACAGUAUUUUUACUCGAAUUCUCAGAAGCAUUGACAACUAAUCAAAAAAAUGAUAAGCUUCUAUUUACAGCACUUCUCGACAGAGAGACACGCAGGGAAAAAGUAAUAGAAGCUAAGAACAGAGAAUUAAGAUUAAAAAUGAAAUCCCUUCGAAAUACCAAUGUUGAAAUUGAUUCUUCAACAAUAAAUACAAGAACAGAAGAGAAAGUAAGUUCCCAAUGCCUUAAUUCAAAUGUAAAUAAUAUAUUAAAGCAUUGUGAAGAAGACUAUGAAACAGCUAUAAAAGCAGAAAUGUUAAAAGAAGAAACAAAUGAAGUAAUCAGUUAAAAAACUUUUAUAAAUGAUUUGUUUUGUAAUUAUAAUUAUAGUAUCAAAUUAUCACUGAUCAUGACGCCUCUAAAUGGAUUUAUAUUGAUAAAUUAAACAUAAAGCUUUGUCCAAAACUAAUAUUGAACUGUAAAUAAAUAUGUAUAUAUAUAUCUAUAAUGAAGCUAGCCGGAAGAAAUAAUAAAAUAUGAUUAUUUUUAA